CUCCCAGACAUCCUAGUUAACAACGUCACUGUCAAAUGUAAAUCAGACAUGUUUACGAUUAUCAAUGGCGGGAAUAGGUAUUGCUCUUUAAUUUAGAAACUUACUUUGAUUCCGAAAUAGUGCUUUAGUGCUAUUCAAUAAUGGAUUUAAUAGAAGCGAUUAAAAAAGACAAGGCCUACUUAAAAAGUAAAUCAAUUGUAAAAAAUUGGGAAAAAGAUUUCAAACAUAAACACUCACGCACACCUUCGAAGUUCGACAUAAAGGAAGCACCUGCAAAUAUAAAAUAUGCCUACAAAAAAUAUUUUCUGUUGAAAAGUACUGCCCUGGAAAACUCAUUAUCUAUAUGUGAUUACGAAGACGAAUUUAAUUUAUCUCCAGAAAUAAUGCCACCCUUAGAAAGCGCUUCUGAAGUUGAUAAUAAACCAGAAUUAUUAUUGCCGGCGCUUCCUAGUGGUCCAGAGCUUGACAGGAUGUUAACAAGUCCAAAAAUAAUUACCCAUAAGUACAGCAUACCCAUAAGUAGCAGCCCUAUAACAGAUAAUUUGUCAAAGAAGUUGUUUCACAACAGAAAAUUUAGUAUAAGGAAUCCAAGAAAGUCUUCAAUCUAUAAAUCACAAGACAGUUACGAAUCACAAGGCGAAAGUAGUCAAUCCGAACGUCAGAAAUUUGCCACAUCUGAACUCAACAUAACCGAACCUUGUAAUGAAAUCAUUGACAAAGCUAAUUCUAAGAUAAAUCAUUGCAUUCAGCAAUUAAACAUUGAUGAGCCAAAAGAGCAAAUCAUUUUACCACAUUGCCCAAUAAGUAAUCCUGUAAAUGGCCUGAUGGACAGUUCAAAAAAAUCUUCAAUUAGGCAAAUAAAUAUUGGAUGGCUUGAAAGAGCUACAGGAUUAACAAAUGAAAGUAUGAAUCCAAGUUGUGCAAUGGAGAAAGUAGAAAAAUUUGGAUUAGGCAAUCUAUCAAUUCCUGACUGUUCAAACAAAGCUAGUGAUUAUGUUGAAAACAGUGAAUCUGAUGAUGAUAUUGCUAUCAGUAAACUGAAACCAGCUCUUAAAAAGCAAAAACUCAACUCUUCCCAAGAAUCUAAAGUUGACAUUAGACAUAAAGAUCAAAUUAACACUGUUUGUCCUGUAGAUGUAAAAGUCCGAGUUAAAAGAGGAAAGAAAAAUAAUAUUCCUAUUAAAUCAGCUGCUAAAGAUGUAAAGGGAUCUUCAUCAAAUAAAAAAAAUGAUGAGUAUAUUGAGCAACCACCUGACUUAUCUGAGUAUUUACCUUUUGGCUUAACUGAAAAAAUUAAUCCCCGACAUGUUAAUGUAUCUGAUAUACUAAAAACAGUAGAUUCAUCAGUAAUAAAUGUUAGUUCAAAAAAAUCAAUUAAUGUAGGGGAAAAUGAUAAAAUGGAAAAGAAAAUUCAAAGUGGCACUUUGAACGAGAACUUUGUACGAAUCAAUAUAGAAAAAAAAGUAUUUGUAAGAGGUAGAAAAGGCAUUAAUUUUUCCAAAUAUAAAAAGCAGUUAUGGAAAGAUAGGAAAGCACUUCACAGUGGAAUGGAGUUCCCUGAAGGAGGGAAAAUAACAUGUUUUAAAUGUGGAUCAGGAGGUCAUAUGGCCCGUUAUUGUAUUGCACAUAGGGAAAAUUCUCUUAUAGCUUUAGAGCAGUGUGACGAAACUGAUAUGCCAACUCUAGAAGACAUGCAAAAAAUUGUCAGCGAGAAUAAUCAAGAAUCUGAAGAGUCAAUCGAACAACAAUUAAGUUCUUUGGUAUAUGAGGCAAGUAAGAUUCCAGAUGAGUUCAUGAAAUUAUUAGUGGCCCCACCUGAAACAUCAAGUGAAAUGAAAUCAUUAAGCAAUGCAUCUGAAGUAGACAGUAAAGAAUUAUACAAUAUUCUACAACAAUUUGGCCAUAACUCAUUUCGUCCUGGCCAAGAAGCAGCUAUUAAGCGUAUUCUCUCAGGAUUGUCUACAUUACUCAUACUAUCUACAGGUGGUGGAAAGUCCCUUUGUUAUCAGCUCCCUGCCUUUAUCUACAGUCAACGGUACAAAUGUAUAACUUUGGUAAUAUCACCACUAGUUUCAUUAAUGGAAGAUCAAGUAUUAAGUAUGCCAGACUUUUUAAAAGCAGGAUGCUUGCAUACUAACCAACCACCUACACAAAGACGUAAAAUAAUAGAAUGCUUAAAAAAUGGUGAAAUCAAUAUUCUGCUUAUUUCUCCUGAAGCUCUUAUUGCUGGUGAUACUUCAAAUGGAUUUGCAGGUUUAUUUAAAUCUCUACCUCAGAUAGCAUUUGCAUGUAUUGAUGAGGCUCACUGUGUCUCCCAAUGGAGUCAUAAUUUUCGUCCUAGUUAUCUUAUGAUUUGUAGAGUUCUAAGGGAAAAGUUAAAUGUAAAAUGUAUACUUGGUUUGACAGCUACAGCUAGCCAGGCUACAAUUAAUAGUGUAAUUGACCAUAUAAAUAUUCCAGAUGGCUUAAAUGGUGUUGUGACCAAUCCAGCUCUGCCAAGCAAUCUGUAUUUGUCAGUGUCUUUUGAAAAUGAUAAAGACAGGGCACUAGUUUCUUUAUUAGCAUCUGAAAAAUUCAAUUCAUUUAAUUCUAUUAUAGUUUAUUGCAUAAGAAGAAAUGAAUGUGAAAGGGUGGCUGCAAUAAUUCGAUCAUGUAUUUCACAGCCUGGAAAAAUUAAUAUGGAAAAAGAAAAUAAAAAACGCAAAAGAAUGUCUUAUAUUGCUGAGGCUUAUCAUGCAGGCAUGUCUGCAGCUCAGAGAAAAAAGAUUCAAAAGCAUUUUAUGGAUGGCACAGUAAAAAUUAUUGUUGCUACAGUUGCUUUUGGUAUGGGUAUCAAUAAAUCAGACAUUCGAUGUAUUAUACAUUAUAAUAUGCCACCUAGUUUUGAAUCAUAUGUACAAGAAGUUGGGAGAGCAGGAAGAGAUGGUCAGCCUGCAUUUUGUCAUGUAUUUAUGAACAAUAGUUCUUGUGAUAAAGAUGAAUUACUUAAACAUAUUUAUGCAAAUUCUAUUGAGAGGCCAGUAAUUAGGAAACUUCUUGAGAAGGUAUUUAUACCUUGCAAAUGUAUGAGUCCAAACAGUUCAGUCAAGCAAUUAAACAAUCAAAAAAGAUGUGAAGGUCAUGAAGUAAGCAUUCCUAUUGAUAGUACAGUUGAAGAAUUGGAUUUACCAUCUGAAAAUAUAGCAACAUUAUUAUGUUACAUAGAACUCCAUCAUAAACACUACAUUAAAGUUCUUAAUAAUGCUUAUACUAUGUGUACAAUUUCAUCAUAUGGAGGCCCUAUUAAAAUUUUAGAAGCAGCUAGAUCUUGUCCUCCUCUUGCAAUGGCAUAUUUAAUAGAAGGAAAAAAAGAUAGUAAUAUCACAAAAAGUAAUGUUUUGGAAUUCAACGUUAUAGAAGUAGCAGCUGCAAUUGGUUGGGAAAGUGGAAUGACUAAGUACCAUUUGAAAAAUUUGGAAUGGAAUACAAAGGAUGGCUCAUCAAAAAGGUCUCACUUAAAGGUGGAAUUCAAUACACUAGGAUUCAAAUUGAAAGCGCCAGGUGAUUUAUCAGCAUCAGAAUUAGAUGCUGUUUUAGAUGACCUGCAUAAAAUUGUGUUGGAACAAGAAAAAAACAUGUUACAUCAGUUGGAAGAAAUUAGUAAUGCGUUUAGUAAAUUUUGUAAUUAUUCAUGGGAUAAAAUCAUUUUUUCCGAAGAGAGAAUGGCAGAAAAUUCAAAUGAUUUAAAAUUCAUAAUAAAUGAUUAUUUUUCAAGACAAAAAAGUUUACCCGAAAACAUUGUUUUACAAGAGAGAUCUUUAGACAUUGAACGAGUUACAUCAGAUGUGCGGGCGUUAAUCGCCACAUACAAAGAUUGUAAAUUUACUGGUAGAAGUAUUGCACGUAUAUUUCAAGGAAUACAAUCGCCUAAUUUUCCAGCCAUAGUGUGGGGAAGAUGUAAGUUUUGGCGAUCUCACCUUAACGAAGAUUUCUAUGGGAUAGUUAAAAUAGCCACACAACAAAUAAUUCAAAUGAAAAUGUAGUAAAUAAAUAUUAUAUUUUUACUUGUAAACCUAAGCAUGAAAGGAUGACCCUAUGAAAUAAAUUUUGCCAUAAGCUGUAAUAAUCAUGUGAUAUUA